CGGGCGUCGCCGCCGAGAGAGGAGCCGGGGAGGGGGUGGUCCUGUUGCGGGCUUUCUCAGCGUUGGCGAGGUGUGAGCGGAGCGGAGGGAGCGAGGCAAGGAGCAGCUCAGGAAGGUGUCGCCUGACCAGUGACCACCAACCCAAGGUCCCUCUGUCUGAGCAAGUUGUCCGGAGCGAGGGGCAACUCGCCGUGACCGAGGCAGAAAGAAUGGGAGGCAGGGAAGUCUGGCCGGCUCGUUGCCGGCUCCUCGCCCACGUCCUUCUCCUCUCCUUAGCCACUGUGAACGCUUCGAAGGUUUUGGAUGAAGUCUUGACUCCAGUGGAUGCGGAGCCGAACCUGAGUCACCAGAGAUACCCAGAAGAAUCUGAUGAUGAGGAUUUUGGAUGGUCUGCUGAGGGAAGCACUGAUAUUGAAGAGGGCAGCACACCAGGCAUACCCGGUGAAAUUCCAACUGCUAACAAAACAGUUUACUACCGCGUGCUGGUGAAUUUCACAAAUUCAAUCGUGUUCAAUCCACAACUGGAAGAUUUUGAGUCUGAAGCAUUCAGUGAAAUCUCUGAAGGAAUCAUCGACUCGCUUGAGUCUGAAUACCACAGGAUCUCAGGAGAUCAGUCAGUCACCGUGGUAUUGAUUAGAGAAGUGGAUCAUAAUGUAGUUGUGGAGCUGGAUGUGGGAUCUGACAGAAACAACAACGAUGCUGAGAUACGAGAGGUGGUUUACUCGGUUGUCAGAAGUGGUUCCAUCGGCCCGUACGAAACUACGGUUGAAGGCUUCUCAUUCCGGCACCUUGGACAAGCUGUGGAUCCUAGCUUUCGUCCGUGCUAUGCCGAUGAAUUUACCUGCAGAUCUGGCGAGUGUGUCCCCCUUGACUAUCGGUGUGACCUCCGAGCUGAUUGCAAUGACAUGUCUGAUGAAGACGACUGUGCCGAUCUAUUUAACGCAGUUACCACUUCUCCGACCAUCCAGCCAACUGAGGCAGAGACCACCACGACAGCAUUUGUCACCGCCAGGCAAAAACCUGUGCCCCAAGUUACUCCAGCGUCAGUGCAAAGGCCAGGACCAAUCACUCCUAAUGUUCUGAGACCCUGUCCGGUGGACAAGGCUGUGUGCCAGGAUGGCCAGUGUAUCCCCAGGGACUAUCUGUGCGACGGGGAAAGAGACUGCACGGAUGGCAGUGAUGAACUGGACUGUGGAACACAGUCACCAUGUGAGCCGAAUGAGUUCAAGUGUAAGAAUGGUCGAUGUGCCUUGAAGCUGUGGCGCUGCGACGGAGACAAUGAUUGCGGCGAUGAAUCUGAUGAAGAAUAUUGUCCCACCAAGGGGCCUGGAGAUAUGUGCGCCCCAGAGCAGUUUGUCUGUGUCUCCAACCGCUUGUGUAUCCCUGCCAGUUACCAGUGUGAUGAGGAGGCAGACUGCCCCGAUCGCUCCGACGAAUUUGGAUGCACCCCUCCUCAGGUGAUCACACCGCCCGAAGAAACAGUGAUGGUGAAGCGUGGUGCCACCGUGGUCCUGACCUGUGUGGCCGCCGGAGUCCCCACCCCCAUCAUCACUUGGAGACUGAACUGGGGUCACAUCCCUAUCACCAGCAGGGUUACCAUGACAAGUCAGAAUGGACAGGGAACGCUGGUCAUUCGAGACGUCAAGGAAUCUGACCAAGGCGCGUACACCUGUGAGGCUAUCAAUGCCAGGGGGAUGAUUUUCGCCAUACCUGAUGCACUACUGAUUUUGAAAUCCAACCCAGGACUCUGUCCAGAGGGACAAUUCAAUGUGGAAGGCACCCUGAGAUGCAUUCCCUGCUUCUGCUCUGGUCUCACGAAAAACUGUGUCCCCACAAGUCGCUACAGGAACCAGAUACGUCUGCGUUUCACAGAAGAAGACAAUUUUAUGGGAGUGAAUGUGACAGUGCCUGCACCAUCCCAGCCAUCGCUAUUUCCUCUCACCAACUCUCAGAUGAUCGUGGACCCAGAGAAAGGAGAAUUUCAACUGGUCGAUCUCUCAAGGCGGUUCCUCAACCAAGAGUCUUUCUGGAUUCUCCCAAAGCAGUUUUUGGGAAAUAAGGUCGAUUCCUACGGUGGUCACCUGCGUUACAAGGUUCGCUACAGUGUGCCGAGAGGGCAGGUAGAGCCCGAGGGCAAACUUGAUGUAAUUAUAACAGGCAACGGGAGAAAACUAGUCUACAAAGUGAAGAGACCUGCUUAUCCCAACGUCAUUAAUCAGAGGGAUAUAAUCUUCACUGAGGAGAAGUGGCAGCACGAGUCAGGAACUCCUGUGACCCGUGAGGAGCUCAUGAUGACAUUGGCUAAUCUGGACAGCAUUCUUAUCCAAACUAAGUAUGACAACAGGAUGGCCAGUGUGGGUCUCAGUGACAUCGUCAUGGAUACCACCAGCGUGGAGGUUACAAACCUGGGAAGACCACUGGUUGUUGAGGAGUGCAGAUGCCCUCAGAGUUACGUGGGUCUUUCAUGCGAGACCUGUGCCUCAGGGUUUAACCGUGUACUCAAUGGACAAUACCUUGGCGUGUGUGAUGGCUGCAGCUGCAAUGGUCAUGCAAGCACCUGCGACAAGGUUACAGGAUACUGCCUGAACUGCCAGCACAACACGGAAGGCCCACAGUGUGACAAGUGCAAAGCAGGGUUUUUUGGCAACCCCACAGGAGGGACUUCUGGCGACUGCAGGCCGUGUCCUUGCCCACAUACUAGCUCCAGCAGGAGAUUUUCGGACACUUGUUUCGUGGAUACGGACAAACGUCCCACCUGCGAUGCUUGCCGUAAGGGUUACAGUGGGCGACGCUGUGAAACUUGUGCGGCUGGCUACACGGGCGACCCAAUGAAACCAGGAGGGAAAUGUACGCCCACUGCGGGAGAAAUUACAACGUGCGACAGCAAAGGAACUGACACUACGAAACCAUCCGAUGGAUCUUGCGUGUGUAAGCCCAAUGUUGUCGGAAGAUUCUGUGCUGAAUGCUCAGCGGGAUCCUUCAAUCUCGAUGUGGACGGUUGCCUGAAAUGUUUCUGCAUGGGGAACAGCAAAGAGUGUGCCAGUUCAUCUUGGCACCGGGACCAGGUCCAGGCUGCUUUAGAUGAACAGGAAAGGGGUCUUUACAAGUUCACCAAUAUGGCAGACACACAUAGGAUCACUGAAGGAAUUCGGAUCAGUGCCUCGAAUGAGCUGAUAUUUACGAAUUUUGCCACUAUCCCUCGAGACAUCUACUAUUGGAUUCUACCCAAGAGAUUUAAAGGUGACAAGGUUACUUCUUACGGAGGGAAAAUGCAGUACACCAUCCUGCAGAAAUUCUCCCACGGUUCCUCAGUCGUCACUGGACUACCGGACGUCAUCCUACAAGGCAACAACAUCUUCUUGGAGCACUACACCAGGAGGCCAGAGCGCGGUGUACCCACCACCAUCACCAUUCACUUCAAAGAAACGGAAUGGCGCCGUGCGGAUGGCCAGCCUUCCACCAGAGAACACCUCCUGAUGGCUUUGGCUGAUAUUAACCUCUUCAUGAUCCGAGGGAGUUAUUCUGAAGGAGCAACUGAGAGCAGAAUUUCCCAGAUCCGUAUGGAUGUUGCCGUCCCACAUUCCACUGGACAAGGAAAAGCAGUUGAGGUUGAGGAAUGUGUUUGCCCUGAAGGUUACAAAGGAACAUCAUGCCAGGAAUGUGAUUUUGGGUACACACGUACCACAAGUGGCCUUUACCUGGGAAUCUGUGAACGCUGUGAAUGUAACGGCCACUCCAACUGUGAUGUAGACACAGGAGAAUGCCAGAAAUGCCAGCACAACACCCAAGGCCAGAAGUGUGAGCAGUGCAAGCUGGGUUUCUAUGGUGAUGCCAAGGGUGGAAAGCCAGAUGACUGUCAACCUUGCCCCUGCCCAGGAACCACCCCCUCAAAUCAAUUCACAGAGACGUGUUUCCUUGGAACAGAUGGAAAGCCAACUUGUAAUAAUUGCCCGAGUGGAUUCGGAGGCAGAAACUGUGAAAGAUGUGCUCCAGGAUACACUGGGAACCCCACAUAUGGACAGCGCUGCACCAUUGCAGGUCGUUGUACUUGUGAUUGGAGAGGCAGCAUUGAAACCCAAUGUGAUGCCAGUGGAAACUGCCGAUGCAAGCCCCACGUGGAAGGCCCGACUUGUGACUCUUGUAAAAGAGGCCACUUCUUCCUGAGCACGGAGAACAGAGAGGGGUGCCUGCCAUGUUUCUGCAUGGGAGUGACCCAGCAAUGCAGCAGCUCCCCGCACUACAGGCAACUGGUCGCCAGUCCAUUUGUUCCACCAAAUAACUUCCAGAACUUCUCCCUGGUGAGCCGCCAGCGCACGACACACAUCACCUCCGGAUUCACGGUGACGGUGAGAGAGGUCCAACCGCAGCUCUCCUUCGGACGUUUUGGGCAAUACACCCAGGAGUCCUACUACUGGCAGCUUCCAGAAGUCUUUCAAGGGGAUAAGGUGACAUCCUACGGUGGACGCCUUCGUUACACGCUGUCCUACGACUCGGGGUUCCGGGGAACUACAGUACCAGAUGCGGAUGUCCAGAUCAUUGGUAACGAUAUCACCUUGGUUACCUACCACGCUCACCAGCUGAGGCCAAGAGAGACCAUGAGCUUUGAAGUCACGUUCAAGGAGCAACUAUGGAAGCGUCCAGAUGGCCAGCCGGCCACCAGGGAGCAUCUACUGAUGGUCCUCGCUGACCUGGAUGAAGUGCUCAUCCGGGCCACCUACUCGACUGACAUGAUCUCUGCCAGCCUCUCUGAUGUGAGCAUGGAGAUCGCAGUGCCCUUCUACACCAGCCUGGGCCAGGCACAGGAGGUGGAAGAAUGCCAUUGCCCGCAGGGCUACCAUGGCUUGUCUUGUCAGGACUGUGCGCCUGGUUAUACGAGGACCAGCGGAGGCCUGUACCUGGGACACUGCGAGCGCUGUGAAUGCAACGGACACUCGGACGCCUGCCAUCCGGAGACUGGUGCUUGCUCGAACUGUUUACAUAACACUGCUGGGGAGUUCUGUGAUCAUUGCGCCCCCGGCCAUUACGGUGAUGCUACUGCAGGUUCUCCAGAGGAUUGCCAACCCUGUGCUUGCCCCCUGCCCAUCGCAGAAAACCAGUUUUCGCCCAUCUGUGAAAACAACGGAGCGGAUGGUUUCAGGUGUACAGCCUGUCUGCUUGGCUACACCGGGCAGCACUGCGAAUACUGUGCUCCUGGGUAUUCCGGAAAUCCAAGAAUUCCAGGACAGAGGUGUCUUCUCGUAGAUCGCAAUCCUUUUGUGGUCCGUGUUAUCCCUGAGAGAGCAGAGGUGGAACAAGGUGGCAGGGUGGUACUGAAAUGCCAGGUUAUUGGUCAAGCUCCAUUCUACUACUACUGGAGCAGAGCUGAUGGUCAGCCCUUGUCCAACCGUGUUCAGCAAAGGGCCCAAGGUGAAGAGCUUUUGAUCCAGGAAGUCAAACCAUCCGAUGCUGGAAUUUAUAUUUGUACAUGCCGAAAUAUGGAGAGCUCUAAUUCAAGUCGGGUUGAAGUCUUUGUGACUGCAACCCCAUUCAAAGCCAUAACUGUGACUGUAGAAGAGCCAAAGACACAGACUGUGAGAGCUGGCGUCACUGUCAAUUUUAUCUGCACAGCAAAGAGCCAGUCCCCAGCGUACACGUUGGUCUGGACCCGUCGACAUGGAGGCAAGUUGCCAAACACCGCAGUGGACUUCAAUGGAAUCUUGACCAUCCGUAACGUUCGUCCCGAGGAUGCCGGCAUCUACGCCUGCACAGGCUCCAACAUGUUUGCUAUGGACGAGGGGACCGCUGUUCUAACCGUACCAGCUUCUUCACAGGUCCAUUUUCGCACAUUUGAAACACCAGAAGGAUACAGACAAUCAUCAGCGCCUGUAGCCACUAUCGAGCCUCAAAUCCUUACAGUCAAACGGGGGCAGACGGCUGAAUUCCGAUGCACAGCGACUGGAAAUCCUCCUCCAACCUUGGAAUGGUUUGGGGGCCAAGGCAAUAUUAUUUCACCAAACGCAGUGAUUCAGGAUGGGCUUCUCCGCUUUGUCGCUACGGAGCAUUCCGAUGAAGCAGAGUAUUCUUGCAAAGCAUCAAACAGUGCUGGACACAACAUUGCCACAACAGUUCUCUACGUGCAAAGUGGCGGUAACCUGCCUCGUGUACAGGUCAGCCCGCAACGGAUAGAGGUUCCAGAGGGCGACACGGUGAGGUUGUACUGUCGGGCAGGAGGACAUCCUACGCCAACACUCACGUGGAAGAAACGGGGAGGAGAACUACCGCCCCAGGCUGUCUCCUUAUUUGGUUUCCUUCCAAUGGAAACUGUUGGCAGUGCUAAGAAUUUGGAGAGGCGCAUCCAAGAGUUACAGGCGAAGAUUGAACGAACUGAUAUUGGAACUCUGGUUAUCCCUUCGAUCACCACUGCCCAUUCCGGUGUCUACUUGUGUGUGGGAACCAACGCUGCUGGCUCCACAGAAGGUCGCAUAGAAGUGAUGGUCUUUGCCUCUCAAGGCUCUGUACCAGUGGUUAGAAUUCAGCCUUCGCCUGCCACUGUCAGAGAUGGAGAAACACUGGAGUUAUACUGCCAGGCAACUGGUGACCCUCAACCUGUGAUCACAUGGCGAAGGGCACGUGGUCGCCUGACCUCCAAUCACCAGAUUCAGGGACCGGUGCUGCGUAUCCGGCCGGCAACUCGGGCUGAAGCCGGGGAUUACAUCUGUCACGCGGAAAACAGCCUGGGAAUGCAGGAUAUGGCCGUGUCUGUUUCCAUCACGUCCGCUGUCUCACCAAGAAGAGCAGCCCCGACGGUCAACGUUUACUCCUCUCCCAGCACGGUAACAGAGGGAGAAUCGCUAGAAUUACACUGCCAGGUCACAGGUCAACCACAACCCAGGGUCACAUGGCACAGGAUGGGGGGCCCUCUGACCGCCAAUCACCAGGUGCAGGGUUCUGUGCUGCGCAUCCUUCACAUGAUGCCGGCUGACAUUGGAGACUACAUCUGCCGUGCCGAAAAUAUCCUUGGAAGGCGAGAGGUCAAAUUUUCCGUGUCGGUCACCGGAUCACCCUCACAGAGAAGCCCCCCGACUGUGCUGGUCCAUCCCUCUCCCACCUCGGUAACCGAGGGAGAAAUGGUGGAGUUGCACUGCCAGGUCACAGGUCAUCCGCCACCGCAGAUCACAUGGUACAGGACAGCCGGGCCUCUGACCACCAACCACCAGGUUGACGGUUCCGUGCUGCGCAUCCUUCAAGUGACUCCCGCUGACGUUGGCGAUUUCAUGUGCCGUGCCGAAAACGUCCUUGGAAUGCAAGAGAUCAAAUUCUCCGUCUUGAUCAUCUCAAUAUCCCAAAGUCGACCCCCGACUGUGCUGGUCCAUCCGACUCCCACCUCGGUAACCGAGGGAGAAAUGGUGGAGUUGCACUGCCAGGUCACAGGUCAACCGCAACCCCGGAUCACAUGGUACAGGACAGCCGGGCCUCUGACCACCAACCACCAGGUUGACGGUUCCGUGCUGCGCAUCCUUCACGCGAGUACCGCUGAUGUUGGCGAUUACGUCUGCCGUGCCGAAAACGUCCUCGGAAUGCAAGAGAUCCAAUUCACCGUCUUGAUUACUUCAAUAACCCAAAGUCGACCCCCGACUGUGCUGGUCCAUCCCUCUCCCACCUCAGUAACCGAGGGAGAAAUGGUGGAGUUGCACUGCCAGGUCACAGGUCAACCGCAACCCCGGAUCACAUGGUACAGGACAGCUGGGCCUCUGACCACCAACCACCAGGUCGACGGUUCCGUGCUGCGCAUCCUUCACGUGAGUCCUGCUGACGUUGGCGAUUACGUCUGCCGUGCCCAAAACGCCCUUGGAAUGCAAGAGAUCCAAUUCUCCGUCUUGAUCAUCUCAAUAUCCCAAAGUCGACCCCCGACUGUGCUAGUCCAUCCCUCUCCCAUCUCGGUAACCGAGGGAGAAAUGGUGGAGUUGCAGUGCCAGGUCGCAGGUCAACCGCAACCCAGGAUCACAUGGUCCAGGACAGCUGGGCCUCUGACCACCAACCACCAGGUUGACGGUUCUGUGCUGCGCAUCCUUCGUGUGACCUCUGCUGACGUUGGCGAUUUCAUCUGCCGUGCCGAAAACGUCCUUGGAAUGCAAGAGAUCAGAUUCUCCGUCUUGAUCACCUCAAUAUCCCAAAGUCGACCCCCGACUGUGCUGGUCCAUCCCUCUCCCACCUCAGUAACCGAGGGAGAAAUGGUGGAGUUGCAGUGCCAGGUCACAGGUCAACCGCAACCCCGGAUCACAUGGUCCAGGACAGCCGGGCCUCUGACCACCAACCACCAGGUUGACGGUUCCGUGCUGCGCAUCCUUCGUGUGACCUCUGCUGACGUUGGCGAUUUCAUCUGCCGUGCUGAAAACGUCCUUGGAAUGCAAGAGAUCAGAUUCUCCGUCUUGAUCACCUCAAUAUCCCAAAGUCGACCCCCGACCGUGCUGGUCCAUCCGACUCCCACCUCGGUAACCGAGGGAGAAAUGGUGGAGUUGCACUGCCAGGUCACAGGUCAACCACAACCCCGGAUCACAUGGUCCAGGACAGCCGGGCCUCUGACCACCAACCACCAGGUUGACGGUUCCGUGCUGCGCAUCCUUCGUGUGACCUCUGCUGACGUUGGCGAUUUCAUCUGCCGUGCUGAAAACGUCCUUGGAAUGCAAGAGAUCAGAUUCUCCGUCUUGAUCACCUCAAUAUCCCAAAGUCGACCCCCGACUGUGCUGGUCCAUCCGACUCCCACCUCGGUAACCGAGGGAGAAAUGGUGGAGUUGCACUGCCAGGUCACAGGUCAACCGCAACCCAGGAUCACAUGGUACAGGACAGCCGGGCCUCUGACCACCAACCACCAGGUUGACGGUUCCGUGCUGCGCAUCCUUCGUGUGACCUCUGCUGACGUUGGCGAUUUCAUCUGCCGUGCUGAAAACGUCCUUGGAAUGCAAGAGAUCAGAUUCUCCGUCUUGAUCACCUCAAUAUCCCAAAGUCGACCCCCGACUGUGCUGGUCCAUCCCACUCCCACCUCAGUAACCGAGGGAGAAAUGGUGGAGUUGCAGUGCCAGGUCACAGGUCAACCACAACCCAGGAUCACAUGGUACAGGACAGCCGGGCCUCUGACCACCAACCACCAGGUUGACGGUUCCGUGCUGCGCAUCCUUCGUGUGACCUCUGCUGACGUUGGCGAUUUCAUCUGCCGUGCCGAAAACGUCCUUGGAAUGCAAGAGAUCAGAUUCUCCGUCUUGAUCACCUCAAUAUCCCAAAGUCGACCCCCGACUGUGCUGGUCCAUCCCACUCCCACCUCGGUAACCGAGGGAGAAAUGGUGGAGUUGCACUGCCAGGUCACAGGUCAACCGCAACCCAGGAUCACUUGGUACAGGACAGACGGGCCUCUGACCACCAACCACCAGGUUGACGGUUCCGUGCUGCGCAUCCUUCGUGUGACCUCUGAUGACGUUGGCGAUUUCAUCUGCCGUGCCGUAAACUUCCUCGGAAUGCAAGAGAUCAGAUUCUCCGUCUUGAUCACCUCAAUAUCAGGAAGUAGGCCCCCGACUGUGCUGGUCCAUCCCUCUCCCACCUCGGUAACCGAGGGAGAAAUGGUGGAGUUGCAGUGCCAGGUCACAGGUCAACCGCAACCCCGGAUCACAUGGUACAGGACAGCCGGGCCUCUGACCACCAACCACCAGGUUGACGGUUCCGUGCUGCGCAUCCUUCACGUGACUACCGCUGACGCUGGUGAAUACGUCUGCCGUGCUGAAAACGCCCUUGGAUUGCAAGAGAUCACAUUCUCCGUCUUGAUCACUACAAUAGUAAACCGGCCUGGGACCCCACCCAAAGUGAGGGUUCAUUCCUCUCCCAGCUCGAUCACAGAGGGUGAAAUGCUGGAGUUGCGCUGCCUGGCGUCAGGACAACCAGAGCCCAGAGUCACAUGGUCCAAGGGAGCUGGCCAUCUAACAACCAAUCAUCAGGUUGACGGUCCCGUGCUGCGCAUCCUUCGCCUGGGUCCCGCGGACGCUGGCGAUUACAUCUGCCGUGCCGAAAACGUCCUGGGAAUGCAGGAGUUCAAAUUUUCCGUCUCGAUCGCAUCCACGGAACGAAUAUAUGAAGGUGUGCCAAUAGUGAGAGUGCAGCCCACUCCCACCUCAGUAACAGAGGGAGAUAUGCUGGAGUUACAUUGCCAGAUCACAGGACAUCCUCAACCCUUCUUCAGAUGGUACAAGAUGGGUGGAACCCUCACCGAGCGACACGAGACGCAGGGCUCUUUGCUGCGAAUCCUGGAAGUGACCCCUGAUGACAUGGGGGAUUAUGUCUGCCGUGCUGAGAACACGUAUGGAAUGGAGCAGCUGAUAUUCUCAGUGUCUGUCACCUCCAUGUCAUCCAGGAAGAAGUUACCUGUUAUCACCACCAGAUCCCAGGAUGUUACAGAAAUCGAAGGCGGUGACGUCGUCUUUCAGUGUCAAGUCACAGAGGGAGCUCGGCCGUUCCACAUCGUGUGGAAGACACCUCAUGAAAACCAACAAGACAACAUGAAGAUCAGUAGUGACGGCACCAUGAUAACAAUCACUAGAGUUCGUCAGGAGGACCAAGGCCAGUACAAAUGUAUAGCGCGGAAUCAAUUUGGAUCAGCAUUCAGCAUAAUGACUCUGAUUGUACAAGGACCGCCCACUGUGUCCGUCUCUCCCAGAGGUCCGGUAAGACUAGGUUUAGGUGAUUCCAUUACUCUGGAGUGUAUUGGAAUGGGAGAGCCUCGUCCGACAAUCAGCUGGCAUCGGUCUGGUGGCCGGCCAAGUAACAACGUGGGGAGAGAGCAGCCAAAGGAAGGCGAGCCCAUCCUGACAAUAUCCUCUGCCCGGCUGCAGGAUUCUGGAACCUACACCUGCAGGUCGAGAAAUAUGUUUGGCACAACAGAGGCGCAGGUGGAGGUCAUAGUCGACCGUUCACCCUCCACCCCUCAGACUCCUCAGGUCACUGCAGAAGAACCUUCAAUAACCACCACCGCAGGCCAGAUUGCUACCCUGCGCUGCUCAGCCACUGGUUAUCCCACUCCAAUUAUUCAAUGGUCUAAACUGCGGGCCCCGUUGCCAUGGCAGCAUAAGAUUGUUGAUGGAUCAUUGGUUAUCCCUAAUGUCGGACUACAGGAUUCGGGCCAGUACAUCUGUAAUGCCUCCAAUUCAGCUGGAUUCAAUGAGCUCUUCAUAAUGCUGGAUGUAGAAACCACACCGUACGCCACCUUCGAUGUGGAGACUGUCUCUGUGCGUGUGGGCGAGAUCGUCCGGUUACACUGCCUGUCCCAAGGAACCCCGCCGAUCACAUAUGAAUGGUCCAAAGUCAAUGGAACCUUACCAGACCGGGCUGUCAAACGCAAUGGAAUCCUGCAGAUUAACCUUGCCGUGGUGUCUGACUCGGGCCGGUACAAGUGUCUGGUGAAGAACAAAGUUGGUCAAAGUGAUGCUAUUGCAACAGUAAAUGUGAAAUCUCCCCCCGCAGUGCGAAUAUCACCACAGAUUGAGGUGAAAAAUAUCGGUGGCACUGUGGAAUUCACCUGCUCGGUUAUCGGUCACCCAACACCCAGGAUCGAGUGGUUGAAGGAAGGAGGACAUUUGCCACCAAAUCACAAAGUCUCCAAAGGAGUCUUGAGAAUUCAAAACAUACAGGAAGGAAAUGAAGGAGUUUACAUCUGCAGAGCAUUGAACCAAUUUGGGCAGGCACAGGACAGUGCCAAACUGGUCAUCCAAGCCCUACCCAUCGUCAUGAUAAAUGUGAGGACGUCUAUGCAGAUGGUGAUGGUCGGAGGCUCGGUGGAGUUCGAAUGUGAGGCCAUUGGGGAUCCACAGCCUUUUGUCAAGUGGAGUAAGGUGGAGAGCGAGCUACCUCCUGAGGUCAUGAUCAAGAAUGGAAUGCUGAAAUUUGAACACGUGAAGGAGUCUGAUGCUGGGCGUUACAGAUGCACGGCCACCAAUGAUGUGGGGUCUGUGCAGUCCGAGGUGGUUCUGUAUGUACAGACUGUUCCUAUGAUUGCCCCUCACCCAGAGCUGAAAGAAGUAGCAAUUGGAUCCACGGCCGUCUUCCCGUGUCUAGCCUCCGGGUUCCCAGUGCCAGAGGUCACCUGGAGUAAGCUGGAGGGAGAGCUCCCCCCUGGGGCCAAUGUCGAGAACAACGUGUUGACCAUACUGUCCGCUGCCCCCGAACACACUGGAACAUACGUCUGCACAGCCACAAAUGAGCAGGGAACCGAGACAGCCUACGCCAUGCUCCAAGUCCGAGAACGCAAGGUUCCGUACUUCACACAGACCCCCAUCUCCUACAUUGCCGUGCCCACCAUAAAGGAUGCCUACCACCAGUUUGAAAUCAAAAUAACAUUCCGUCCAGAUGCAGCUGACGGUAUGAUCAUUUACAAUGGCCAAAGAAAAAACACUGGAGCAGAUUUCAUCUCCUUUUCAUUAGUGGGAGGCCGACCUGAAUUCAGGUUUGAUGUGGGAUCUGGCAUGGCCACCAUCCGUCAUCCAAACCCCAUCUCCCUGGGAGAAUACCACACUGUGGUGUUGUAUCGGAACUUAACUCGGGGCUCCCUGUAUGUAGACGCCAACCUUCCUGUCAAUGGCAGUUCUCAGGGAAGUUUCCGGGGCCUGGAUUUGAAUGAAGAGCUGUACAUCGGAGGAUAUCCCAACUUUGAUAACAUUUCUAAAGUAACUGGAAGUAACAGUGGGUUUAUGGGUUGUAUCCGCCAACUCAUCAUUCAAGGCGAUGAGGUGAUCUUCUCAUCUCCAGACCUGAGAGCCAAGGGAAUAUCCAACUGCCCAGUCUGCAAAGACAAUCCUUGCAAGAAUGGAGGUCAAUGUUCGGACUCUAAGACCAGCAGCUAUGUGUGUCGGUGCAGGUCAGGGUUUACUGGCAGCAACUGUGAACAUUCACAGGCAUUGCACUGUCACCCAGAGGCUUGUGGGCCAGAUGCAACGUGUGUGAACAUACCGAACGGUCGUGGUUAUAACUGCCGCUGCCAUCUCGGAAAAAGUGGCCCAAAGUGUAUGGAUGGUGUGUUGAUUACAGCUCCUUCCUUCAGGGGAGGUGACUCCUUCGUGACAUAUCCACCACUGACGAACGUCCACAAUGAGUUGACGAUUGAGCUGGAAUUCAAACCUCGCGCACCCACCGGCCUCAUGUUCUACAGCAGUGGCAAGCGAAUGAAAAUGAUUGACUUCAUCUCAGUCGCCAUGCUCAAUGGGCACGUGGAAUUCCGCUACGAACUGGGAUCAGGACUAGCUAUUCUGCGGAGUGCCAAACCAGUAGCUCUCAACAAGUGGCACAAGUUGAGAGCACAUCGACAUGACAGGGCUGGAUCACUGACUGUUGACAAUGAGGAGGAGAUCCGAAAUGUCUCUCCGGGAAAAAGCCUGGGCCUUAACCUGCGAAGCCCGAUGUAUCUUGGUGGCGUGGCAAGAUCGGAAGUUCUUCCCAAGGCAAUCAACAUUACUGAGGGGAUUGAUGGCUGUAUUGCUAAGGUGCUAAUCAAUGGGAAGAAAGUGGAUAUCUCCUACACCUUUUCAGAGAGCCAGAACGUGGAUCAGUGUUAUGACAACUCGCCAUGUGACCGGGUCCCUUGUCUGCAUGGAGGAAGGUGUCUGAUGACUGGAGAGUAUGAAUAUCAGUGCAUCUGUACAAGUGACUAUCAGGGUGAACACUGCGAAAUCUCCCAGGAUAAAUGUUUACAGGGAAACCCCUGCAUGAAUGGCGGGACGUGUGAGAAGGGGCAGUGCUUGUGUCCCAUGGGAUACACUGGAUUAUACUGCGAGCUAGGAAUACCUGCCCCAGCACCAGAAUGGCACAUGGAGGGUAGUGCGGAUUCGCCUGUGCAGUAUGGAGCCUUCUUCCACAGUGGGGGUUAUAUCAUUUUACCAAAACAGAUGUUCCCAAGGAGUUCCCCAUCUGUCCCUGAAACCAUUGAAAUGGAGGUUCGCACAACCACGAGCGAUGGCCUCUUGCUUUGGCAGGGUGUGAAACAUGGAGAAAGCGGAAAAGGAAAAGACUACGUCUCUCUCGGUCUCCAGAAUGGGCACGUGCUCUUCAGUUACCAGUUGGGAAGUGGUGAAGCUAACAUUCUCUCAGAUGAUCCCAUCAACGACGGGGAAUGGCAUAAAAUAAUUGCUGUGCGUGAAGGCAAAAGAGGAUAUGCCCAACUGGAUGGAGAUGAGAUUGUGUACGGAGAGUCCAAAGGUGACAAGGUCAUGGUCAACACUGGUGGUAGCAUCUAUCUGGGUGGAGCUCCAGAGGUCAAAUACUUCACAGGGGGAAAGUUCACCUCUGGGAUUACUGGCUGCAUCAGGAAGGUGAUCCUUGUGAAUAAAAGGCCCGGCCAACAUCGAGUGCAGCCCGUCGACCUGCAGGUUCAUGCGGAGGGAGGGGUGAAUGCCGAAGAGUGUCAGUCGUAGGCACUCAGAUUCACCAAAGGCAAAGUAGAGACUUCUGGGGAAAGGUGCUUUGCUGCUAUUAAAUUGGAUUGUCUUGUGUUCUUUAAUGCAGUCCAUUUUAACCAAAAAAGAAAUCAUCGCAUCGUCAUCUAAUUGUAUUCUGUUGAAUGAAGGUUUCGACAAGUCAGAUUGAUUUAUUUUGUACUACAACAGCCAUACAAGAACGCCAGCAUUAUCCUUCGAGGCUGAUGAUCCUAUGGAUUUAGGUUGCUCUAGCACUGAAGGUUGGAAUGUAGGUGAACAAGAACAACUAGGAAUCUUUUUGCUACCACGGUCUCUGGGUUUUAAGGCACACUGGCCCAGGUUUGUCUCUACUUGAGUAGGCACAAUUCAUUUGUUUAAGGAAAAGGUUCACAAGUUGCAUAAAGUUUUGUGCUAAAAGUUUUGGAUGGCUGGUCAGGAUAGGAUCUUUAUCAUUGUCGAAGAUAUACAAAAAUCUGAAUUGGUACCAGUGUUUCAAGAGUUUAUUAUUGUGUGAAUUUCUGUCAGUUACAUCGGCAGUCAUUUCCUACACCUACGUAUCGCUGGCUUACCAAUUGUUCAGCAAUGCUGAAAUCCAAGUCUCUGCUUAAACUUGCCCCUGGAUUAUAUGGUGCGUGCAUUGGUAUAAAAUGGUGCAGAGGUACACAAGGGCUUCCAAAGAAACAAUGUCAGUGAAGGAUCGGGAUUUGGACGGGGGAGGGAGGAUCGGGAUGGAAAACUGUCAAAGAUGACAACACCUUAAGGAAAAAACUCAAGGUCACUAAAUAUUGUUCUAUAAGGUUAGCUUCCCAAUAGCAAUCCAGAAUUUGCAAGCCCAAAGUGAAAAACUAAAUACUUUUUAUUUGUUCAGUUAUGUGCUGUAAACAGGUACAAUGAUGGCUUUGGCACAAUUCGGAAUGGAUUGUGCCAGAGGCCUCUACUCCCAAAGGAACAAAACGUGGUCCUGUCUGCCUUAUCCUUCAGCCUUUUCCAGAGGCACUCUCUACAAGGACUUGGGAAUGAAGGAAUCCAGUAAAUAACCAAGUUUCAAUCAAUAAAUCUUUAAAGGGCAUUGUCUUAAGAAAUAUUGAGCUGACUGUCAGUUGUUCACAUGUACUGUGCAUUAACAUGUAGUUCAGACAUGGUUAAAGCUGUGACACAAGGCUGCACUGCAUCCAUUCCCAAGUACAAUGAACUCAAUGUCCUUCAACUCACAACUUAACAAUGCACUGAUUGUUUUUUCAUAUGUUAAUCACUUCCUUUAGUAGGCAAAUGGAAUUCCCAAAAGGGAAAAAUGGAUCUAGCAAAAUUAAAUCAUGUGAACCUUGUUCCUUUUACUUUGAGGUGUUGUUUCGUUGGUAGAAAGAAGCAAUCCUGCUCCCAAUAGACUUUACGGAUUUGAGUGUUUUGCAAGUGAGGUAAAUGCCAGGGUAAAUUUAGUGUGCAGAUACUAAAUGUUGAAUGGAGAGUGAUAUUUUUUAAACUGUUGGUAACAUAUGGCUAUAGGUAUAGCAAGGAAGCAGUAAACUUACAGGUAAGAUCAAGAAAGAAAACGUGACCUCUGGUACCAAUAUACCAUCCCCAAAUCAGCCACAAGGCUUCCGAUUCAGGUGCAAGAAUACAUUCAAACUGAAUGAAGGAUUAAAAUUUUAGUUUGAAAUGUGAAACACUCUUUGUGUUCCAAUUCUGAAUUAAUUGAUUAAUUAAUGAGCCAUCUUGUGAACCUUUUAUGAAAAAUGUUUGCUGGAGACAUAGCCAACUCAUUUUUAGAACAAAGUAAGAACACUCAUGCAUAGUCAAUGCUUUAAUAGAACUACUGACAUCUCUCUCUCUCUCUCUCUCUCUCUCCCUUUCUCUCUCUCUCUAAUUCUCUCUCUCUCUCUCUCUCUCUCAUUGAGCAUAGCCAGGGCAAUCGCACACACAACAUAUGUUAGUACUCUUAAUAUUUAUCUAUUCAUUUAUUAUAUGUACAGCAUCCUCGAACGUUAUUGUAAUAUUUGAUCAUUUUCUGUGUUUCUUUUAAUCAAAGACAUUCUCUUCCAUUAAUUGCAGUAUUAAUGAGAUCUGACUGCUCAGUGAGUCAGUAUUUCAGCUACCUAUUUAAUAGUAUGUUAUUAUAAAACUGAGCAGAUUUAUAACAACCAUUUGAUUUUGUGUUUGUGUGUGUGGAAAGCCUUAAAGAAUUAAUAAUCUUCCUCUUGUUAAAUAGACUAAUUUAUAUUAGCUUCAUUUUUGUUCACAUCAUUCUUUGUUAGCAGGAUACAUAUGGCUUCACAGUAGAAAGCUGCAGUAAUCAAUUUCAAAUCUGAAUUAGAAAGAUAUAUAUGAAGAAUGCCACUCCUAUAUACAUUCACUUAAGCACUAAUGCUGUGGACUACUAGAAUAAGUAGAAAAUGCAAUUCUGUUCCAUGGUUUUCUUAGAGAUAUAUCCUGGAGACUGAUCUCACCUGAUUCCCCCAAACCUUCUCGGACAGAAGCUAUGAUUUAUUUUCUAGUCCAUUUGGUGAGACGGGGCUGGAAAAUGGAUGGGUCGUGGAGAUAAAAAGGAACACAUACCCCUAGUCAAAAUCAUGCUUCAAAGAUCAAUGGAAGUCUUUCUUUGUUGGCAUUUGGUACUGGCUGGUUCCAGAGUUAAAACAGCGAGAUAAUAGAAUCUUUCAACAAUUGUUAGUUGUCCUACAGUCUGUUACAGGGGGAAGAGCUUGUAUCUCCUUAAACAUUGUUACAUCGACAUUUAGAAUGCAGCUUCUAAAGAUUUUAAGCAUUUUGUUUAGCCAUAUAUCGUUAAUUUGAUUUCCAAGUACCACUGGUUAAGUAUACAGUGAAGCAGCCAGAUGGAUAAGCAGAUGGAUAAGAUUGUGUAACUAUCUGUGAAACAAUAGGGUGCUCUUGGUGUGUUGGGAAAUAUAAUUUACUUUCAACACUUGGUCCCAGUUAAACUGAUACAAUAAUUUUAUUCUUUAUCACUGUGCUACAAACCAAAAACUUGUAGGCGGACUGACUGCAAGCGGCAAACUAAUAUAUUGUAGAAACAAAGAACUGCAGAUGCUAGUGUACAAAAGAAAAACAAAGAGUGCUGGAGUAGCUCAGCGGGUCAGGCAGUAUCUCAGGAGAACAUGGAUAGGUGACGUUUCGUGACCUUUAGUCUGAAGAAGGGUCCCAACUUGAAAUGGCAUCUAUCCAUGUUCUCCCGAGAUGCUGCCUGACCUGCUGAGCUACUCCAGCACUCUGUGUCUUCUUCUGAACUAAUAUAUUGUGUGCUGUGCCUGCAUUCAGUCUAUGUCAUUGAACAUUAAUGAGGGGAAAAUGUGAAUGGAGCAGAUAAAGUAUGAGACCCUAAUCAGACUGAUUCCUUUUGUCUUUUUAAAUAGGGAAAUUGGUGCAUUCAUCACCUACCAAAACAUUCACUGGCAGAACUAAAGAGAUCUUCUAACAACCUGGCUAGCCACAUUCACAUACUGUAUGUAAUAUUAACCCACUAAAGAACUUUAUUUUUUAUAAAGAAUAAAGGCCUUGCAAUGUAGAUUGUUACACAAACUAUGUCCAUUUGGAGGUGAUUCAGUGACCUGGGCAAUGGGAAGUAAGGAUAUGACUGAAUUAUUAAGAUGCUGAUCUUUUUUACUGCUUUCAGGGUUAAAACAGUGUCUUUGCUUCCAGACUUUUUUUUUAACUUCAGUUAGUGUGAAUUUUAUUAAAUAAUAAUAUACAUGUGUGGGCAAUGAAAACCCAGUUGGUGGUCCAGUUGCAAAAUAUAUUUAACAAUGCCUCUAUCAAAGGCAGGGACUACUGCGGAGUUGCUAAUUAACACAAACUAGACAUAUGCACUCAUACUGAGGGCAAGAUUAAAGACAGAGAAGAGGGGUUUAGUGUAGAUGGGUGCAUAAUUGUCAGUGCAGACACAGUAGACUCUGCUUCUAUGGUAUAUGACAAUGACUCUAUGACCAUCCCAAUAGUGUUAGGUGACAUCACUGAUUGAGUCGCUAUUUGUGUUUUCACCUCUGCUGUACAAAGCAGUUGUGUUUAAGAGCUUGGGGUGUCCCAAAAGAGAGAACUUUGACGUGACCCUGAAUAUGACUUUUUUCUGGACUCAAAAUUGUAGGCCUCAAGAUUAUAAAAACUAUUGAAAGAGCAUUUUGAGAAAAUAAAUUUGUUAAAAUUUGGCAAUUUAAAUAUUUCAGUUUUGAUUCCACUAUAACUUGAUCUCCAAUCCAAAUUGCUCUACAAUGAUUGUGCAGGUGGUGGCUUUCCCCAUGGUUUUCUCAAGAUCCCUCCAAGCCAAACUUGGUAUCUGCUUGGUCUUCCCUCAUAAUGUGCUAUGAUCCUGGUGCCCAUCAACAGGUGUAAUAUAGUAUGGAUGCAUUGUUUGUGAAACCGCACCAUCUACUAUCAUGACCUCAAAUACAAAUUGGUAGAUUCUCCAGACUUGAACAUUACCUCAAGCACUUAGGCCAACUUGCUAGUACAACCCCAUCACCCUCAGUAAUUUUCCCUGUAACGUACUAUCUCUGCAUUCUCAGUAAUUCUAACACCCGCCCACACAUUAGGGACUUCUUCUUCUUCUUCUUAUCGAGUCCACACACAAGAUUAGAAGUUGUUCAGCCAGAGCUGAACGCACUUCUCGGCAUCUGCAUACAAUGGUGUCUCUGUUAUCGCUUGUGUGUGGUGGUGGAAACAGGGCCGCGAUGUGAACGCUCUUUCCUCAACCUCACAUUAGGGACAAUUUACAGUGACCAAGUAAUCCACCAACUCGUGCAUCUUUGGGAUGUUGGAAGAAACCAGAGCUCUGGAGGAAAUUCCCAGGCAGGUCCAAACUCCAUGCAGACAGCACCAGAAGUCAGGAUUGAACCUGGGUCACUGGAGAUGUGAGGCAAUGACUCCACUCGUUGUAACACCAUUCCACCCUAUGCAAGUGGAACUAAAGUAGUCAGUGCUUUCUUAUGCAUGCGAGAUGAGAACAGGCAAAGAAGAGAAUGGUAGAGUUUAGCUUUCUCUACCUUUGAUUAGGUCACUCAAUGUUCUGUUGUUCUGUUCCAGCUAAUAGCAGAGCAAGCAGUAUUCCAGGUAAAGUUGGUUUGAAAGCAGGUGGAGCAUCGUGAGAUGUAUGGUUUUUAGCAAUAAUGGUCCUUGCCUUUAACCUUAACAUUUGCCCUUCCCUGAUUUAUUUUUCUUCAACAUAUUUCACUUCUAUUUAUUUCUGCUUUUUAUUUUGCAACAAUUGCGAUUCUAAUGUUGGACCUACCAAUCUGCUGUGAACAUGGCUCAUUCCAAGAUAAUCAGUCAGCUUCAGUUUAUAUCCAGAUCUUUCCCGAAUCACAGGUUGUUAUUUUUGGACCAUUGCAUUACAUUACAAAACUCCUACCUCAGUCACUGUGGCAAGAGAACACAGGAUCUGUAUAAGGUGCUAACAGACAUGACUUAUGUCACCUUUCAGGUAUUCGUCUGAGGUAUCCCAUUUUACCAAGGCUCAGUUACUUGUCAGUUUAAAGGUGUUAAGAAAUCAUUGCAUCCGGGGCUUUUUUAAACAGGAAAAGCCUUAGUAGAAGAGAUUCGCUUUGGAGUACAAUGAAAAAUAGGAUGAGGAAACGGUGGCAGCCGCAGCGAAUAAACCAUAAGCUAUUUCUUUUCUUACAGCAUGACAUUUUUCUAUUGCAUCAGGAAAAAAUUAACAGGAAUAAAGUGUAGCACAUCUGUACACAGCUGUCACAGAGGGGUUGUAACAGUCUGGGUGGCAGGGCCUGGGGUGCAAGGUAACUGAAAUAGAGUUCCAGUGGAUAUUGUGUUUACCAAAUCAGAACUGUUUUAAGACUGUUUAAAAUAGUCUAGGCAACCAUGUAUCAAAGAUGCCAAUUGUCUGGUGCUUGCGCAGGUUCCUUGGGAUUCCAUUUGAACCUACCAUUGCUGUAUGUGUUCAAUGCAUUUUAUUUAAACAAUAAAAGCUUUUUAAUUCACUGGA